UCCUCGGGCAGCACACGACUCGCCGUAACAAGGCGAGCGCGGGAGCAGAAAGGCGCUCCAGCCUGACGUAGAGGCUGCACACGACACCGACGUCCUGGCGAACAGUGAGUGAAAUUAGCCUACGGGACUGUUAUGGCAGAGCAAAUUGACCACGAUGUGGUGAUUAACUCCGAGUCGGCGGGCACCUCGGUGCCUGCUGGCGUUGCUGCGAACCACAAAGAAAUCGAGUCUGCCGUAAGCGGCACCAAUUCCACUAUUACCACAGCUACACUACCGGAAGGUCUUUCCGAUGCCAAAUCUGCAAAUGAAGCGGCUACAGAUACCAAUUUAUCGGUCUCCGAAGAGACUAUCCUCGGAGGAGCAGCUGAACCAAGUGCUGGGGACGCUGCGCUCAAGCCGGAAGAAGGUAGCUUGGCUGCAGAAGCUUCGGCAGAGCCUAGCAUCGCCUCGGAUACGGAAGGAAGUCGCGCAGAUGGCGCGGAGAGGAAGGAAGGCGACAACAUGAAAUCGACAAUGCUUAGGAAGGCUCCCACAUUCAGCAAGGUGUCGGUCACGAAGAACUUCAUGGCGAAGUCUGCGUCACCAGUACCAGCCGCGCCAAAGAUUGGAGAGAAGCCAAGUCCACUUACUACCUCGACACAGCCAGCAGCACUCAAACCACGCCUCGUGGCGAAGACUGCUAGCUCGCUCCAAGGUGUGCCGAGAACUGGCGCCGUGCCAGCAGGAGGACCGGACGCAAGCAAAGUGUGGAACAAAAACCGACCGGUCCCGCCGCCUCCGCCGAAGCACUUCACUGAUGAGGAGCUCAAGCAGCAAUAUGGUAUUCACCUUGCUACUCGCUUGCAGACCGACGAGAAUGGGAAGGAAGUGCCGAAAUGGGCAGAUAUUGAUGAUGAUGAGGAUGACUGGGCGCCAGAGACUGUCGUUUGGAUGGACGGCACGAAGUCCACGCUGACGCCAUCGGAGAUUACGCCGAUCCAAAAGGAUUUACCAUUGUCCGCGCCGCAAGCUGUGAGACCUGCUGAGACAGCAAGACCAAUUUUGGCCGUAAAGAGACCUGGAGAAGGCGGUGCGCCUAAAGUGAUCUUGAAGUCAACUUCGGGUGCGCAACAAGCCAAGCAACAGCCCAAUGGCACCGCGCCGUCUCCGACACCAGGAGAGAAGCCCGCACUGAAGCCAAUGAGCCCUGCUCCAGCUCCUCCGGUGAAGUCACCUUGGGCAAAGCUUCCGGCAGUCGAAGCUGUACCGCUUAUCAAUCCGCCAGUUCAACAGCCCAUGCCGUCUGCACCUCUGCCGUCACAGGAUGCUCGCAUGUACGAGCCGCAGCCUUCGCCGACACCGGCGCGUGAGAUUGCGGCGGAUACAUUCGACAGAUCGUGGCAUGAAGGUGAAGGCGCGCCGCGUGAGCUGUUCAAUUCCGCAAACGGCCGGUACGAACCAGUUGCGGAAGGAAGGCGUGGCUCCAUUAGGCCAGACUCAAUCGCGCGGAAGACGUCUCUGUUGCAUAGAUCAUCUCAAACCGGGCAGGGCGCUGCUGAAACUUCCCCCGCGUUCCAGUCACGGACGAGCAGCCAGGUGGACGGUGCAUCCUGGAGUCGUCGUCGGGGCUCGAGCGUCAGUCACGGCAGUCUUCCGCCAGGCAGACGCAUGUCUGUGUCUGUAUCACAUCCUUCAGACUUAUCACCUGCGCCGGAGGAUGAGAGACGGCAGAGUACUGCGACAGCACACGACCUGCGCGCCUCCCCGAUGUCGGCCAGGAACGAGCCGCAAGAGCCAACCUUUUCACAGCAGUCCGCCUGGGACCAGCAGAUGCCGCCGCAGCCGGAAGCUGGGAUGGAAGCAGAGCACGGUCUUGAAGAUCCACUCAAGGCUCAAGAGCGUAUCAUGCGCGAAAAGCGCGAAGAGGCUCGCAAGCGGCGGCAGGAGGAAGAGGAGCGCUUGGAGCGAGAGAAGCGUGAGCGGCUUCAAGCGAAGCUUGCCGCAUUGGAGAGCGCCGGCAAGUCGAAGAAGGAGCGCGAGGCUGAAGCUGUCGCUGCCGCCACCGUACCUCAUGACAAUGAGUCAUUGACCAAUCAAACAACAGACCAGCAACGUACUACAGGCACAAACUCUGAAGAGCCGCCAGCGGUGUUACCACAAGCGGCGGAGGUCUCAGCGGAAUUGGCGCCCGCUCUCGAAGAUCAGUCUCUGCCAGCAUCCGCGGUUCCGAAAGAGCCCCCACAAGAAAUCCUGCCGUCACCACUUGCUCCUCGUUCACAGCCACUCACUGGACUCUCAGAGCUACCCAUCUCCGCUGCGGACCAAGGGGCAAAGCAGCCGCUACGUGCUCACUUGUCGCCAGGAACUGCCUCACGCACGCCACAUGGUACGCAACAGUCACCAUAUAAGGCUCCGCCGUCAUCAUACUCCUCGCCCGGAGACCGCAAGCAGCAGCCAUUCAUCCGCUCGCCUUUCGCACCCAAUGAUACAUUUGGGACCUGGAGCACGCCAGCUCCGAACGGCAAUGUGUGGGGCUCGUCGGGUAUUGGUAACGGCACGUUCGAGAAGGCUAGUAACUUCGCACCAGUACCAAUGUCGCAGACGUCUGGGUUGCCACUGCCACAUGCUCCAGGCAUGCCACAGCCGCCAGGCUCAACGCGCAUCUCGCCGCAGACAUUCGGUCAAGAUGCUCGUUCGCCAAGCUUACAGCAACAGCCGCCGGCUGAAUCAACGCGGACUUUCCCACCGCCAGGGCUAGAGUCUCGUCCAGAACAUGCUUGGGGGGCGUCACGACAUGCUGGCAUGUCGCCAGCUCCAGGUCUCGGUCGCUCGACUCAUCUUCCCGGACCGAUUGCACCGCCGUCUCGCGCGCAGCAGCAGGCCCAGCAUCCGGCGCCACGCCCAGAUGCGAUCUCAGCCUGGAACAAUGCAGCCUCAAGACUCCCACAUCAGUACUCCGCAGAUGCGGAGGCAGCAGAGCGUAAGCAGCAGGAAGGCAUGCCUGCUCCAGUUGUGCCACCACGUGAUGAGACGAUCCGCGAGACCUUCAAGCAAACUUCGGCUGGCGGCAAGCUUGGAGGCCCAAGACGGUACGACAAGACCGAGUACAUUGUGCACGAUGCCCAAGGUUCACGCGCCGUGUCGACGCUCAGCCCGGCGCCCCCCAGCACGCAGACUCAGCCCAUAGGGCCUGUUCCUACCGCUUCACCACUCAACGAACCGUGGAAGGCCGCAGUCGAGAAUACUGUCCGCAUACCUGACGGCUCACUCAAUCCCGCUCAUGGCGGGUUGCCCGUGCAACAACCGCCUAUUGCUCCCCCGUCUGCGCCCGCGCAAUCUGUGACAGCGUACCACAGCCAUGUGCACUAUCCUACAGGUCCGUUGCCGGGAGUCCCCAUAGCAUCCGUCAAGGACCGGUCACCUCCACCUCCGGAGACUGCAGAGCAUCCCGCUUUCACGGGCGACUACGGACAUCCUCGGGUUAAAUUCCCGCAACCGCCUCCUGUCGUCAAGCUUCCACCCGCUGCCACCCAAACAUCGCCCUAUCUGCAGCAGCAAUCGCUGGCAGGACCGUUGUCGGGCGCACAUCAGCGCCAUCUGCAGGCUUGGGGCCCACCAGGCGUUGUAAGACCUCUGGUUCAGAACAAUGAGUGGCAGGCACGGUUCAAUGGACUUUUCAACCGCACACCGAUCCAGACAGAGGUCCCGCCAUCGCCACCCGGGACGCCACCAAAAGCACAGGAUCCGGUGCUCGCCGUUGCGGCCGCUAGUAGGGCUGUCAUGGAAGAGACGUCGGCUGUUGCUGCAACAGUGUCUUUGCCGCUGUCGCAGGUUAAGACUGCCCCAACGAAGGGAGGCUUUGUGAUCGAUGACAGCGACGACGUGACUUCAAAGCCGGGUAUCGACGAGAUGUUCGCCGAGGAGCGCAGCUUUGGUUCCUUGCCCGACAUACGCAUGCCGAGGAAUGCUAUAUAUGACCCGGGCGUCUAUCGCAUGUUCCGCGACCGAACGCAUGGACGAUCUGCCAAUGCUCCGGUGACCCAAACGGAGCCGGACUGGCUAGGGUUCUUGUGGCCUAGAAAUCCACAGGGCAUCUUUAUCAAGCUUCCGGGCACGAAGCUGCAGGACAGCAACCGGCUUGUUAGGUAUGCAAGUGUGGCCGGGACCAACAGCUCGCGCAAGUCAAGCGGGUUCCAUGACCGCAAGUCAUCUGGCAAGUUCCACAAGGGCAAAGAGGGCAAAGGGAACAGUGGUUCAACCUCGCCUGGUACUACAACUACGUCGAAUGCUGGAUCGAGGCAAACCAGCUUUCAGAAGACGCCGAACUCUGCGAAGGCGGCCAAGGGGCGCAACAGCAACAGUACGCCGGUGAAGGCAUCUUAGAUGUUGCAUCGGCAAAGCGGAAACGGGAGGAACACGCUUCGGUUAAAGCGCGCAAUGCAUCGACGAGGACGACGUCAGAUCGUUCAUAUACGCUAUUGUGACUUAUUAGUGUAGCACUCAUGUUUGUUCGCGUAAACGUUCAAUCGAACCACAUCAUCC